AUGGGAGACAGGCUGCCGGAGCCUCACGCCAGCUCUUCCCCUGCCGUGGCUGCCAGCUCAGAAGCGGAAGAAAUCGAGGUGCUCGACUCCGAGGAUGUCCUACCUAUGGCCGCAGAGGAUCACUGGAAAGCCCUAUUUGAUCAGAGAGCUAGCUGUUCCUGCAGGCAGGCACUAAAGGGAGAGGAGAGCAGCUGGGAUGAAGCACAAAUCAGGAAGCAGGCUGAAAUGUUUGAUCCUGACAACACUGGCUACAUCAGCACCGAGAAGUUUCGUUCCCUUCUCCAGAGACACGGCUCAGAGCUGGACCCCCACAAGCUAGAGGUCCUCCUGGCCCUGGCAGACAGCAACUCAGAGGGGAGGAUCUGCUACCAGGACUUCGUCAACCUGAUGAGCAACAAAAGGUCGAAUAGUUUCCGCCAAGCCAUCCUUCAGGGGAACAGGAGGCUGUGCAGCAAGGCGCUGCUGGAGGAAACAGGGCUGAGCCUGUCACAGAGGCUGAUCCGGCACGUUGCGUAUGAGACCCUGCCACGAGAGAUAGACCGCAAGUGGUACUAUGACAGCUAUACCUGCUGCCCUCCACCCUGGUUCAUGAUUACCAUCACUAUUGUAGAGGUUGCCUUUUUCCUUUACAACGGAGUGGUAUUAGACAGAUUUGUGCUCCAAGUCACCCAUCCCUUAUACCUGAAGAACGCACUACUUUACCAUCCUCAGCUCCGUGCUCAGGCUUGGAGGUACCUAACCUACAUAUUCAUGCAUGCAGGGAUAGAACACCUGGGACUCAACGUUGUCCUUCAGCUCCUGGUUGGGGUUCCCCUGGAAAUGGUGCAUGGAGCUGCAAGGAUCAGCUUUGUGUAUGUCGCUGGAGUUGUAGCAGGAUCCCUGGCAGUGUCAGUAGCCGAUAUGACUGCGCCUGUGGUGGGCUCCUCCGGAGGCGUGUAUGCACUUGUCUCAGCUCACUUGGCCAAUAUAGUCAUGAACUGGUCAGGAAUGAAGUGCCAAUUCAAACUGCUGCGCAUGGCUGUUGCCUUGAUCUGUAUGAGUUUUGAAUUUGGAAGAGCUGUGUGGCUGCGAUUCCAUCCCUCUGCUUACCCUCCAUGCCCACACCCCAGCUUCAUGGCUCACCUGGGAGGGGUGAUGGUUGGAAUCACCCUUGGAGUUAUCAUCUUGAGGAACUAUGAGCAGAGACUCCAAGAUCAGACUUUAUGGUGGAUCUUCCUUUCUAUUUAUCUCAUUUUCGUGGUGUUUGCCAUCUUCUGGAACAUUUUUGCCUACAGUCUGUUGGAUCUGAAACUACCUCCCCCUCCUUGA